CGAAUCUUCUCCGACUCCUUCCCGAUUUUCGCCGAUUUCUCCCCCGAGCAGGUGAUGUACCCCCUCCAAAACGAUCGCGGACGCAAGGCGAGUCCCCCUUUUAGGUAAACAUGGCCGAGACGAUUCGCGAAAACGUUUUUAUCUGUGAGAAAAUCGAGGUCGAAGUUGAAGUCCCGCGGGAUGAAAGGGCCUUCGGACGCGGCCUCAGCUGACGGGAAGAGCACACGUUGGCGAGCAAAGAGGACGUCGCCGCCGCUGCUCUUAUUUUCCCUUUUCUCUGCUUUCCCGGCGUCGUCUGCUGCUUUGGAUCGUCUGCUUGGAGAGGAAAGAGUAAAUCAUGGGGAGCCUGGCAUGGCUGCCUGGGGGCAUACCUCCUGUCCUGCCCACUCUCAAGGACCAGAUUGAAGAAUACCUGUUGAUGCCAGAGGAGCUGCCCAUUCAUGCUCCCAUCCACUCGCGGAGAUGGUUCCCCCGAACGCCAAACCCCAGGCGUCUCUUCAGUCUCACACUCUUUCCUGUAACCUCAUGCCUUGAGGUGGAACGUGACCCUGCCACCGGCCAUAUUACAGGAGUACGUGAAGUGUCUAACAAUGAUGCAGGGGCCACAGCCAAAAACUCAAUGUCGAUGCGACGUGCUCCAGGACCUCCUGAGGAGAUGGUGAGGGGAUCGUCGACCAACCUUCCUUUCUGGCCUGGAGGCUUCCCAGAGCCCACACUGGACAAGGAGUCCACGGAGACAGAGCACGAGCUGGACCUGACCAACUUGGUGACCAAACACCCCAGGCUGUCGCGAGGCAUAACAUUUGAGGAACCAGAGCCCCCACCCCAGGAGGAGGUGAAGGAACCAGAGAGGGAGGAGAAGAGCUCCGACCUCGUGGUCAGCAUCUCGGACAUGCUUAUGGUGGACGAGAGUGUGCUCAAGAUCUUUGAUGUGAAGGAGGAGCAGAUCAAGAAGCCAGCCACACUCACCCUGGAGGAUCUGAACGAAGAGGACUCCAACCUGGUUGAAACCUUUAAGAUUGAGCCAGCUCCCAAGAAGGAGGAGUUUAUCUUGAACAUCAGUGAAACCCCUGUGGAAGUGGAGCUCUCUGGGCCUAGUACUGAGUGGGCCGAGAAAGUUGAUGUUCAUGCCCCUGUGGACGAUUUCCAUACGCGUGUACCUAAUCCUGCCUGUACUUAUCCCUUCGAGCUUGAUAUAUUCCAGAAGCAAGCAAUUUUGCAUUUAGAAAAUCGAGAGAGUGUUUUUGUUGCUGCUCAUACCUCAGCGGGUAAAACUGUAGUGGCUGAGUAUGCCAUUGCGCUCACCCUUAAACACAUGACUAGGGCCAUUUAUACCUCACCAAUUAAAGCCUUGUCAAAUCAAAAAUACAGGGACUUGAAGAUAAAGUUUGAAGAUGUAGGGUUGUUAACGGGUGAUAUUCAGAUUAAUCCCAAAGCAUCUUGUUUGAUUAUGACAACUGAAAUCUUGCAGUCUAUGUUGUACAAUGGUAGUGAUUUGAUUCGUGACUUAGAGUGGGUUAUUUUUGAUGAAGUUCACUACAUCAACAAUGCCGAGAGAGGCCACGUAUGGGAGGAAGUUCUUAUUAUGCUCCCUGAAAGAGUGAGCAUUGUAUUGCUGUCGGCAACUGUUCCCAACACCAUUGAAUUUGCUGACUGGAUUGGCAGAAUUAAGAAGAGGAAGAUCUACGUGAUCAGCACCACGAAGCGACCUGUGCCGCUUGAGCACUUCCUCUACACUGGAAUGGGUGGCAAGAGUAAGGAUGAACGCUUCCUCUUGAUAGAUGCCCAGGGAAAGUUUGUGACGAAAGGAUACAAUGAUGCCGUUGCAGCCAAGAAUGAGAAAAAGAGUAAGAUGCAGCAGCAGCAGGGACCCAAGCACAUGAGGCAGCAUAUGGGUGAGAAGCAGGAGAAGAACAUGUGGAUUGGCCUCAUUGACCACCUCAGCAAGAGAGAACUCCUACCCAUUGUGGCGUUCACGCUUUCCAAGAAGAGGUGUGACGGCAAUGCCAGUCAGCUGCUCAGUCAGGACCUGACCACCAAUGCUGAGAAGGGAGAGAUCCAUUCCUUCAUCAAGAGGUGCACGGAGAGGCUGCAGGGAGCUGAUCGAGAGCUGCCACAAGUCGUAUACAUGCAGCAACUUCUCACUAAGGGCAUUGGGGUUCAUCACAGUGGAAUUUUACCCAUUUUAAAAGAGGUUGUGGAGAUGCUCUUUGCCAAAGGUCUAGUAAAGCUGCUGUUUGCCACAGAGACCUUUGCUAUGGGAGUCAACAUGCCCGCAAGGUGUGUUGUGUUCGACUCCAUCCGUAAGCAUGAUGGAACAGGCUUCAGAGACUUGCUUCCUAGUGAAUACAUUCAGAUGGCUGGUCGUGCUGGUCGGAGAGGUCUUGACACAACAGGAACUGUGAUCGUUCUGUGCAAAAAUGAUGUACCGGAGAUGGGUGACCUUCACCGCAUGAUGUUGGGCAAACCCACCAAAUUGGAAUCACAGUUUAAGCUCACUUACUCGAUGAUCCUCAACAUUUUACGUGUGGAAAGAAUGAGCGUUGAAGAUAUGAUGAAGCGAUCGUUCUCGGAAGCCAUCACUUACAAAAAUCAAAGUCAAUAUCAGGCUGAGCUUGAACUUUAUACAGAACAGCUGAAGCAAGAGCCUGAUUUUAACUGUAUGAUGUGUAACAGUAUUGAACAGUAUUAUGCAGCUGCCAAGGAGUUUGUGGAACAGCGUGCUAAUGUCUUCAACCUGAUUCAUGGUUUUCCAGGUGUUGUUAAGGCAGUGGCACCGGGAAGAAUUAUACUUAUAUGCUACGAACAAUAUCAGUCUUACCUUGCUUGUGUUCUGAAAAUAGACCCGAAAGACAAGACCAAGAUGAUUGUGUUUGUGCUAAAGGAAAAGUCCCGGCAAAAUUACUCAAAGCACGAACUUAUGGCCAAGGAGGCUCUGAGUGCCUCAGAAGCAAUGUUUGACCCCUUGGAGGAACCCUCAGAGCAUGGCUUCCUGGAAAUUGCCUUCAAGCACAUUGCUGCUAUAACAGACCGGGUGGUGAAGAUAGAUGGGGAUAAAGUCAUUGACAACAUUAAGAAACGGCAAAUCCCACGAUUCAAGGAUGACCCUCCAUCGCAGUCUGUUAUGGAGCUGCUCAAGGAGAUGCAGAGGUUAAACGAGUCAGGAGGUGAGAAUCUGGCAUGCCUGGACCCACUGAAUGACCUGGGAAUCAGGGAAAUAGCAGCCGUUAGUAACAUUCACAGAAUGAAUAUCUUGAGGAAGAAGGCUGUAGAGAUGCCUUGCUUGGACUGCACACAGUUCAAGGAGCACUUCAACAUGAUGUACAAGAAGUUGCAUCUGCGGGAGGAAAUUGGACGGCUGAAGUUCCUAAUGUCUGAAGAGGCCUUGCAGUUGCAUCCAGAGUACCAGAUGA